AUGUUCCUUUCAAUUCUCCUCAUUUAUUUGAGCUUCUUCAAUGGAGUUUCCGCCUUAUUUGAAGUGGGCGGAAUAGACAGCUGGCAAACGCCCAAGGAUGCGUUGGACGGACUGCAAGAAGUUUUUAAGGUUCAAGCACCGUCGAGGAAGAGCUAUCAUGGAGCCUCUUGUCAGCAAGUCAUUGUUCAGCACGAAUUUUCAAGUUAUGGAAGCCCUUUUGUUGGUUAUUACACCCCUCCCAAAGACUGCACGUUCACAACAACGAUUUUGAAUGUCUCCGUUGUUUCCCAAGGCAUCAAUUACGACCGGCUUGGCGUACUUUUCUUCGGAGACAUCGAGAUAUGGCGUAUGACAACAGCAAUGCCUACCCGAACGGGAAUAUUCUGGAAUUUCCAGAAAGAUAUGACUAUUUUUGACACGCUCUUCCGAUCGGAGCAAAAGGUCAUCAUGUCGAUGGACAACAUCGUCGACUCUGUUUUCACGGCGCCUUACAAUGUGACGAUCACAGCCCUCUACUACGACGAUUACAAAACCUUGAUACCCGCGGACGUAAUCCUGCCUAUCUCCACUCAAUCGUCUAGUCAGAAUACUUCUUCAGUCAUAUCGCUUCCUGAAGGGAAUGGGACGGUCUUCCUUUCCUUCCCUCGAAAUGCCGAGAGAGCUGUGGUUAGUAUCCUCGCAUCCGGAAACGGUGCCGAGGAGUUCUGGUACACGAAUGUGCCGACUGAAUAUGCAAAUACGUUCAAUAAUACCGCCAUAUACGGUUACUCGCCAUUCCGAGAAGUCCAACUUUUAAUCGAUGGCGAGCUCGCAGGUGUGAGCUGGCCGUUUCCGGUUGUGUUUACCGGGGGUAUCAGUCCUGGACUGUGGGUACCGAUUGUGGGAAUUGACACGUUCGACCUGCCUAGUUAUGAGAUUGAUGUUAGUCCGUGGUUGGGUGUCCUUUGUGAUGGAAAUCGACAUGAGUUCCAGUUGAAGGUUGUGGGAUAUGAUUCGGAGACCAUGUUAGGGACAGUGGGUAGUAACUGGUUGGUUAGUGGCGCCGUAUUUUUGUGGGUUGAUGAGAAGGGAAACCAAACUACCGGAACGCUGGUUCACUCUAUUCCUUCUGAUCCAACCUUCGAAUUUACCCCACUGAUCACAGCUAACGCAAGCGCCAACACUUCUCUCUGGAUUGACCUGCGAGCGCGCCGCACCCUAUGUCACAGCGCAAUAAUCACUACAUCAUCUGGAGAUCGCACCCUCAGUUGGACACAAUCCCUUUACUACACAAAUACCCAGAACUUCACCGCAUCCGGCUACAAUGAAACGCUAUACCAGCGGACCGAAGGAACCUCUGUCUUCUCCCCUUCGUCGCCAUAUCAUGCGCCAAUCACAUCCUCUUUUUCUUACCCAGUCAGUUUCUAUCAAGCAAAUGUUAUUCCAACAGAUGCCUUAACUACAAAUUCGACUCUCAUCGCAUUUAUCGAUCGAUCGCUACUUUCGUCGUCCAUUCCAAUCCUACCUUACUUGACACUGCCAUCUAGUUUCUCCGUGCCCGAGGUUCUAGCCACUAGACAGAACGGGAGCAGUACAUAUUUUUGGAAUAAUACUUAUUAUGAGUAUGCGGGUGGGAUAGAUCCGGCGAGAGGAUCAAUUGGAGAAACAGAGCAAUGGUUUUCCUAUUCCGGACCGAGUGAAAGGGGAAUGGAAGAGUAUGGGAGACAUGUUAAGGCUAUUGAUGGCUACGAGCCUGUGCUGGUUUUGGAUGAGACUUUUGAAAGGGCUAUUGAGGUUCCAGCAACAGAAGCAGUCAAGGGCGGGAGUAUGAUCAACUAG